AUGUCGAAGUCGUCGAACGCCGGCGGUAUAGGAGAUUUGUUCCAGGAGCCCGAGGGGUAUUUUCAAAAAGAGAAAGAACCCACGCAAGUUCAACAUCGGACGUUGGAUGGCCAAACUUUGACGUUGCACUUGGUGGGCCAGAAUCCUUUGUGGGGUCACCUUCUAUGGCAGGCAGGCAGGAUCAUAUCAGACUACCUGGAGGAGCACAAGCAAAGUCUCAUUCACGGCAAGACUGUCCUUGAGCUGGGUGCAGGUGCAGGCCUACCGAGCCUCAUCACCGCCAUCAAUGGAGCAAAGCAGGUCAUUGUGACUGACUAUCCUGACGCCGAACUCAUCGAAAAUCUGCGACUGAACAUCAAGGAUUGCUCUCUUCUUCCUCAGCCAGUGAACAUCCAUGCUGAGGGCUACCUUUGGGGUGCAGAUCCCUCGUCAUUGCGGGCAUAUUUGCCGCCUGCGGACAAAGAAGCAGGCUUCGAUCUUUUGAUCCUUGCUGAUCUUCUGUUCAAUCACUCAGAACACUCGAAGCUUCUGCUUAGCAUACAGCGGACGCUGAAGAAAGACGCCGACUCUCAAGCACUGGUGUUCUUCACGCCUUACCGUCCCUGGCUGCUCGAGAAGGAUCUCGCAUUCUUCGACCUGGCACGAGAUGGCGGGUUUCAAGUUGAAAAGAUAUUGGAGACAGUCAUGGACAAAGUGAUGUUUGAGGAAGAUCGUGGGGAUGAGUUGCUGCGGCGUACAGUUUUCGGUUAUAGGCUUCGAUUGGUGGAAGAUUCUCUUUCUUUCUCGUGA